GCACCUGUUCAUCCAGGUGAAUAUCGCCAAAGAUAACAACUACUUCCUCGAAAGGAUUACAAGAUAAUACUUUGAGAAAUAUUUCUUGUCGUUGGAAUAUACGUGUUAUAAAGAGUUGAUACAAGAAUGGAGCCGAAAAAGAAAAACGCGAUGGCUGUGACACUGGUCUUUGGAAUUUUGGGUGUUUCCCUGCUAAUCGCUUCAUUUGCGACAGACCACUGGGUGAAAUCGUCACCGGUACUAAAGCGGUCCACCCAAUCACCUGCAAAUGAGACUGACGGCAGUGCUACAAAAUACACCGGCAAUAUCACAUUCGGACUUUUUCGUGGAUACCGUGUCCUGGAUUACGGAAUUGGCCCGAGACCGCAGGAUAUAAAUGUUGUGUGUAGUGGGUCCGAUGGGGUCUGCGCCUGGUCAAACAGUUCUGACCCAGCCAAGCGAGCAGACUAUAUGAAGCGUAUUGUCAAGUUUGUCGACAAUGUCAAGACUAAUGGCACUGUGAAGGAUCUCAUCGAUUAUGGUUUGUUUAACUUUGGACUGUGGGUCUCCACCAUAGUUAUGCUUGCCUUGGGGAUUGUCUGGGGGCUGGUAUCCCUCGGUUUCACGGCUUUCAACGUUGUCGGCAAACCCAUCGAGACCAUCACCGGACCGGCCGGACUCUAUCUUUGGAAUGGAUUGGCAGGAACCUUCUCAUUACUAGGGGCUCUUCUCUAUGUUGGAUUGUUCACCAAAGAUUUGGCCACUAAUGUUUUACCGAAAGACGAUGUGGACAUUGGUUGGGAUUCAAAUGAUCGCACACAGCUCGACUACUCUUUCUUUUUUGUGGUCGGGGCAGUCUUGUCCUUCUUCGUCAGUAACAUCAUACUGGUGGUAUCCGGCCAGAAGCUGUCCUGCAGCUACAACAGGGCAGCAGAGAAGGAGCUGGACAAUGGCAUGAUCCUCUACUGAGUGGUCAGUCGAUCUUCUCAGAACACAGUGUGGAACUGGUCAGUCAAGCACCCUCGAGCCAGUUGGACAUGGACAGUGGGGCACACAGCGUGGCAGUCGUCAGUCAAGUGGAACCUAAUGUGACUCUAGCUGUCUUUCGUGAUGUUUGGUACUUAAUGUGACCCAAGGGGCCUUGUGUGACUCUUGGGACCUUGUGUGACACUUGGGACCAAUGUGACACUUGGAACCCGGUCUAACUCUUGGAACCUUGUGUGAUUCUUGGGACCUAGUGCAACUCUAGGGAUCUGGUGUAACUCUUGGGACCAAGCAUGACACUUUGAACCUAAUGUGAUGCUUGGGACCUGGUGUGACACUUGCAACUUAGUGUGACUGUUGGACUCGAGUGUGGCUCUGGGGACCUAGUGUGACUCUAGGGACCUUGUGUUACUCUAGGGACCUUGUGUGACUCUAGGGACCUUGUGUGACUCUAGGGACCUUGUGUGACUCUAGGGACCUUGUGUGACUCUCGGGACCUAGUGUGGCUCUGGGGACCUAGUGACUCUAGCGACCUUGUGUUACUCUAGGGACCUUGCGUUACUCUAGGGACCUUGUGUGACUCUAGGGACCUAGUGUGACUCUCGGGACCUAGUGUGGCUCUAGGGACCUUGUGUGACUGGGGACCUUGUGUGACUGGGGACCUUGUGUGACUGGGGACCUUGUGUGACUCUGGGGACCUUGUGUGACUCUGGGGACCUUGUGUGACACUUGCAACCUAGUGUGACUGUUGGACUCUAGUGUGGCUCUGGGGAACUAGUGUGACUCUUGGGACCUAGAGUAACUCCCGAGACCUAGUGUGAUUUAUGGGACCUAUUGGGACCUAGUGUGAGCCAUGGUCCAAGUGUGUACUUAGAAAUUGGGAGUCUCUUGGUACCAAGUGUGACUUUAAAUUUAGGGAUGACUCCAUGACCUUGGAUCACUCUGGGCAUCUUGUGUGACUACUGCCAUGCUUCCCUAUGCAGCUGAAGACCCACCAAUCACCACCACACACAGACACACACAGACACACACACUGUACACACAUACACACUGUACAUACACUCUGUAAAUAGCAAAUGCUUUUGCAAACCUUGUUAUGUCAUGUUCGUCUUAAGAACCCAUGUAAAUGUAUUUAUGCAAGACAUCCUCACCACGAUGAUGUCAGUCCCAAGUCUAGUCUCAUUCAUUCAGAAGUACAUCCCUUCCCUGCAUCAGAAGCCAAAACAUCUAUAAUCAAACAUCAGUCAGGGUUGGUACUGAUACGGACCAGAAUUCUCAUCUUGAUUUUACAGUGAAACCCAUACAUCUGGCUUUCCUACAAUCACAGAGUAGAUUAUAUAAUGUUAUAUACACUCUAUUUAUGUAAGAGGACCUUUCUAUAUUUACAUAUGAUAUAUUAUGAUGACAGGUUUUUGGGUUUAUCAGAAACCAUAUGCUGGUAUGUGGACUCUGGGUUUAUGAUCAUGAUUAUGAUUGGUAAACAUGCGUGCUGUUGGUAAUUGUCAACAACCAGCCUUCUUCUUGACCCAGUUGAACUUAUAACAGAUAACAAAAACCCAUCUUCAGAGAUGACUUGCCAAGACUUUUCAUGAUUUUCUGUUGCUGUGUUUUGAACAAUUUGUGCAUGGUAGGGGAGAUAACUCUUACAAACAAGAGCUUGUGCUUUCCUGUAAAUAUAUAUAAUGAGUCAUCUUCCCCAUCACCUUUUUGAGCUACGCAUCAUACAUAUUUUUUAAGUAUUUUGUUUGUUUAGAAAUGAUACGAUAUAUAAUUUGAAUGGAAAUUAAAAUCCCAGAAUGACAGUACUCUGAACAUUCCUGUAUUAUACCCUUAAUGUUGCUUGACAUUCUUUUUCUAUAACCAUGGUGACUCAAUAAUCCAUUUUUGCUUGAAGUGUCCAGAUUUCUGUUAAUUUUGAUGGUCUAGUGGUCGAGGAUAUCAAAACAGAAAAUAGCAUGUGCAUGCUUUUGAGAGGCAUUCUGAAAGAUGAUGUUGGAAUCAGUGUCCUGAAACUCACUGCUAUACUAUAUGAGGCAGCAUUUAAAUUUGGAGUGCAGCAAUUCGAAAUGCCAUGAUAAAAUAUAUUUCUGUAGGCAGAUAACAACCCAAAGACCUGAAUGAGUGAAAAAAUGGUGAUAGACUGUUUCUUUGUUAACUGGGGCAGUGGGGUAGCCUAGUGGUUAAAGCAUUCGCUCGUCACACCGAAGACCCGGGUUCGAUCCCCCACAUGGGUACAAUGUGUGAAGCCCAUUUCUGGCGACCCCACCGUGAUAUUGCUGGAAUAUUGCUAAAAGUAGCAUAAAACCAUACUCACUCAUUAUCUCUUUGUUAACUGUUGCAAGUCCAUCGCAAAAAAGCCAAAAUAAUCCCAGACAGCUGAUUUGUAGGAGAGGACAGCCUUUUUAUCCUGUUGUUGCUUACAGUUACAUAUCGUUAUUGUUUUCGUAAGAAUUAAAAAGGCGUUUUUAGUAAUGUUGAUACAUGUUUACAUCCAUUGUUUCAAUUUUUAAGGUCCUGUAUUGCAGUGCCUUAGAGUUUCCGUGUGUUGUUUUACCCUCAGUUUAAUCAUAAUGUACUCACUCGUCAUGAGGGGUGGUGGGGUAGCCUAGUGGUUAAAGCGUUUGCUCGUUAUGCUGAAGACCCGGGUUCAAUUCCCCACAUGGGUACAAUGUGUGAAGCCCAUUUCUGGUAUCCCUUGCCAUGAUAUGCUGGAAUAUUGCUAGAAGCGGUAUAAAAGUAAACUCACUUGCUCCCUGGUCAUGGUGACACACAUCUUUAGGUGAAGGUGAAGAUGUGUGUCUGACAGUCUCGUUAAAGAUGAUCUUUUACUCCUAGUAUGACGCCCCCCCUCUGCUUGACAUUCAGACAAAACUGUUGUAGGUCAUCUGUUUCGGUGAAUCAUCCAGUCGGUUUUGAUGCUUCUAAAUUCUUUGUACGGUUAAACAUGAGUAAGAAAUGGGCAGGUCUGAAUGAAAAUGAUAAAGUUUUUACUAUUACAUUGUGAGAUAUAUUUUAUAUGCUUUUUACUUUUUGCCUAGAUAUUUAAACAUCUAUUUUAUGAGUUUGUACAUGAACCGGAUUGGUCGACAAGCUGUAUAUAUAUAUAUACAUAUAUAUAUAUCUCAUAUCAAGACACUCUAUUCUAAUGCAUCUAUUCUAAUAGUUAUUACAUAAAAUUUCAAAGAAGCCUGCUUUAAUAAAUUAAAAAUUAACAGAUUUCAAUAAAUUUUGUGAACUAUCAGUAUUCAUCUGAAGAGACUGACUAUGGGGGGAUUUGUGUGUUCUUCAUGCAGAAACGUUCUCACAACAAAGUAAAAGAUCAAUUUUAUGUAUUUUUGGGGCUGGACACUGUCCAUUGAAAACUGUGUGUUCCAUCCUUUUCAGUUGUGAUGAGCAUUUACUCCAGAUUAUCUCCCUUGUCACAGCGCUGUACAAUCAUUGGCCCCAUCACUGCUGUUAUAUACAUGUAUAUAUCUUGUGUUUUGUUGUUGUGAUUUGGGCUUGGCGGUUUUGUUGUUGUUUUGUUGUUUCAGUGGCAUUUUGUUAUCACUGAACGAUGUAUACCCACCGACCUACCCUCUAUCUCUCAAUGGAACUGCCCACACUUUUAUGUGGAGCAUUCCAUUAUGAAAUAUAGGGAAUUAUCAAAAUGAUUCUAGUCGAUGAUUACAAAUUGAUUGUUAUGAUUGUGUGAGUCUAGUACAUAUAUUUCCUUGCCUGUGAUGAUAUGGAAGUCAUUGUUUUAGAAUGUUAAUUUGUCUUGUUUGAAGUGAUACCAUUUUAAACUUACAUUGGCCUCGGUCAGCCUGUCUCUCCAAGUGUUCUCACUUUGCCAGCAAGUAUUGUUCUCAAAUAAAACCCCACCUGACUGUGGUAAUCCCUAGAACAAUAGGGAUCAAACUAGCGCCGAGUGCUGCAGGCAUAAGGGGUGUAAUUGUUUAGACAUGCUGUAUCUGUACCGGUAAUAUACAGAAUUUAUUUUAUAUUCACUUCAUUAAUCUCACAAAAUUACAUAUUAUUUCAGUUGUAUAAAGCUUUAUUAUGUGGCAUUAUCUUAAUUUGUCUCAUCUCAAAUGCACAAUAAGUGGCAUAUUUUUUUCAGUGACACUUACAUGGAAAGAGACAAGAUUUAUUUAGAAUUCAAAUACAGUAUUCCUUUUAUUUGUGUUACAGGUAAUGCUACCAGAUUACCGAUGUUCGGUAAAAAACGGUCAAGACAAACUCAAAGUGACUGUAAAUUUAAUGUCAUUGUGACUGUAGUUUAUUUUGUUGAAUAUGUUGACAACUUGUUGAUGCAAUGUUGACAUUAUGUUGACUACUUGUUGAUGCAAUGUUGACAACUUGUUGAUGCAAUGUUGACAACUUGCUGAUGCAAUGUUGACAACUUGUUGACACCUUGUAGAUGCACUGUUGGCAUGUUGACAACUUGUUGAUGCAAUGUUGACUAUGUUUACAACUUGUUGACACUGUUGACAACUUAAUGGUGCAGUGUUGGCACUGUGUUGUGUUGAUGACUUGUUGAUAUCUUGUUGUCACUAUGUUGAUAGCUUGUUGAUAUCUUGUUGACACUGUGUGGACAACUUGUUGGUGCAAUGUUGACACUGUGUUGAUAGCUUGUUGAUGCAGUCUUUACAACUUGUUGAUGGAGUGUUGACAACUUGUUCAUGCAGUUUUGACACUGUGUCAACGACUUAUCAAAGCAGGGUUGACAACUGUUGACAGUUUGUGGACUUUUAAGAUGUUUUCAAGACAUUCCACUUAACAUUUAUUCUUCAUGCUAUGAAACAUGUUUAAAUUUGUUGUUGGAUACAUUUUGUAAUUUAUUUUAAAGAAAACAUAUAUCUUUUUGUAUAUAGCAUGUUAAUGAAAAGACAUUGGGAGCUGGCAGCAUUAAACAAUGUCUAAUGACUUAUGGACAGGGGUUUGGGAACAAGCAUACAACUGAUGAUACAUUCCAGCAACCAUAUGUCUGUGUCUUUGUAAAAUUAUUGAUAAAUGUGUUGAAGAAAUGGCUCCACUCAAAUUUUUCAGACACUUGUUAAAUUUAGAUUUCAGCAUUAUUUUUGUAUGGUAUUCUUUCAUGAUUGUACACGGGCCUCCAUAGGAUUCCAGUUCUGAUUAUAAUUGUAUGGUGUCUACAAUCAAAUAACUCCCUCCAGACUAUUGUGUUAUACAGAGAGGGGUAUUUGAUGGUUACACGGUAGCCCAGUGGUGCAAGUGUCUGAACCAUUUCUGUACCUCACCAUCUCAUGAUGUCCCCAUCACAUGUAAGCCCAUCAGUUUCUACUACAUAGAUGCUUUUAUCUUCUUAUCUAGACCUGCUUAAUUCAUAUACUGUAAAUACGGUUAUAAUGAACUCAAAGGGACAUUAAUUUGAGUUUGUUAUAUCCCUAGUAUGUUACGCGCAUUUUGACUAAAAUAUACGCAAGUGGACAUGACCCCAAAAGUUGUUCGUUAUAUCAGUCAGUUCGUUAUAAGCAUUGUCUUCUUGUUUUGGUCUUGAUGCAGCUGCUUGUUUCUCCUCUGUCUCAUGUUGCAAGGCAACAACCCCAGUAUUCUAGUGUCUACCCAGUAAUCGGUGUCUACCCUAGCUUCUAGAGUCUACCACAUUAAACCUCUGUCUACCCUAGUAUUCCCUUUUCUACCCUAGCAUUCAAGUGUACACCACAUUAAUCCACCAUCUACCCUAGUAUUCCCUUUUCUACCCUAGCAUUUAAGUGUCUACCACAUUAAUACACUGUCUACCCUAGUAUUCCCUUUUCUACCCAAGCAUUCAAGUGUCUACCACAUUAAUCCACUGUCUAAUGGCUAUUUAAGUGUCUACUUUAGUAUUAUUCCUCUGUCUACCCCAGUAUUCAAGUGUCUACCACAUUAAUCCACCGUCUACCCUAGUAUUCCCUUUUCUACCCAAGCAUUCAAGUGUCUACCACUUUAAUCCACUGUCUAAUGGCUAUUUAAGUGUCUACUUUAGUAUUAUUCCUCUGUCUACCCCAGUAUUCAAGUGUCUACCACAUUAAUCCACCGUCUACCCUAGUAUUUCCUUUUCUGCCCUAACAUUCAAGUGUCUACCACAAUGGCUAUUUAAGUGUCUACUCUAGUAUUCCUCUGUCUACCCCAGUAUUCAAGUGUCUACCACAUUAAUCCACCAUCUACCCUCUAUUUAAGUGUCUUCUCUAGUAUUCCUCUGUCUACCCCAGUAUUCAAGUGUCUACCAAAGUAAUCUGGUGUCUGCCUUGAAUUAAUGUGUCUACCCUAGUAUUCCUCCGUCUAUCACAGUAUUAUAGUUUACCCCAGUAUUGAGUCUAAGCUUCCAAGAUAUGGCUUCUUAACAUAUCUUUCAUCCACGUGUUGGGCUGAAUGAAGCAUUAUUUUCCCAACUCCUUUAAGUGAUGGCAGUGAAUUUAGUGAUGUCUACCAGUGUCUACCACAGCGACCCCCUGUCUACCCAACUACUGCAUCUCCUAGUCUUAGAGUCAUGAGUAUCAGAACUUCCAUACUUCGACUACAGUCAUAGCUCUGAGAUCAUUUGUGGAAUUGGGUCUUAUUCCAGGUACCAUCGUCUCAUCACCUGAUCUCUUGUAGUCAUGACAACCUGUCAAUG